AUGCCCAUUCAGGCCACAAGGUACCCGCAAUUUGUGGACAUGCAUCUGGGCCCAGUCAACAUGAGAGUUGCAAACCCGAACCGAGGCGCUUUAAUUGACUUUGACACGAUACUGAGUAUUGAUAUAUCGACUGAAGUCACGCAUGGCCUGCGACAAGCCCUGACUAGAGCUAUUAAAGUUGCCCUCCCGUUCUACGACCCAGACCUGCAGCAGGGGAACGCACCAUCGGAGGAGAAGCCCGGAGAUCAAGAAUCCCGGAGAUUUUGCAGAUCCAGCGCAUCGAAGUCACUGCCUCACAAAGUCAAGUUGCCAUCCCGCCAGGAGUGUCAAAAACAGGACUGCGCUCGCCACUCUCUAGCAACAUGGAUGUUUGUCUGGGUUCCUGGCCCUGGGCCUGGAUGUGUCAAUACGCCACAAGGAGCGCUAUCAUUGAAGAUGGAAGAUGCCGAUCAGGUUGACCAACACUUUGACAGCGUUUCCAUGCAUCAGAUCCGGCAUUGUACCCAGUUUGGCUGUAGAUACAGCACCAUUACUGGCCAGUAUAGCCUGCCUCGGCUGCUUUCCCCAGCACUCGCGUGGCGUCCACAAAAUAGUGACACCAACUGUGGGGUCCCCGCAAAUAGCCAAGACGCUACCAUGAUUCAAUAUCGUAGCUAG